AUGGUUGAUAUUUACACGAAUGAGAUGUAUUACAAGUUUGAGACUGAAGUGUGUGACAGCUUUAACUACAAGUUGCAAUGUGUUAGGGAAACCGACAAUCACUGUGUGUAUCAAAUUCAAAGAAAAAAGCUUGCAGCAAGUAAAGUCCGCGAAAUCGUUUAUGACAAGGACUUGGAUUUGGUUUCUUGUAGUUGUAAAAAGUUUGAAAGCGCCGGAAUCCCAUGUACGCACAUUAUCUCAUAUUUGAUGAAGUUUGAUGCUGAAAUAUUGCCCGAUAAAUACAUCUUAAAGAGGUGGACUAAGACUGCAAAAUCAGGGACAGUGGUUGAUAAUAAAGGCAUGCAGAUAACCUCUGACAAUUCUUAUCUUUUAACGUGGAGUCAAUUUAUCCAAUCAUCUUUGGAUUUAGUUGACAAGUCCCUCGUAUGUGAAGAAACAAGAACGAUGUUUACCGAUGGUUUGCGUAGCAUUAAUGAGCAAAUAAGUCAAUUUCUUAGUAGCCGCAUGGCUGUAAUGAGCUUCACCGAGAAAAGUAAUUCAAUAGGUAGUAAUAUAAUAGGUGAUGGUGAUGGUACUAGUGCGCAUGGUUCUUGCCAAAAUAGUUUCAAUGAACCCGAUCAAGUGCGAGCAAAAGGGUGCGGCAAAAGGUUGAAAGGAGGAAAAGAGAAAGCAAUGGCUAGAAUCAAAAAUAAAAGAGAGAGACGUUGUCACGGGUGUGGAAAAGUAGGCCAAUCACAUGAUAAACGAAAUUGUCCGGCACUCAAAUCCAUUGAAGCAAUUUUUGAGGGCAAAGCCUGUGCGGAUAUGCGUGGAGCUUCACUUAGUUUGACCAGGCGCUUAGCCCAGACUGCCCAAGAGACAUUUGGUGAUUUUGAAGAAGCAGUUGAAAAGGAUGCUACAAAAACAUCUGUGCAAGAUGGAACCGUGCACCCUCUGACUAGCUAUGUUAUAAAUUAUGUGAAGUUUCUUUUUGACUACCAGUCCACACUGAAGCAGUUGUUCCAAGAGUUCGAAACUGAGGAAAAUUCAAAUUCUCAGCUGGCAAUUGUAACCAUGCGCAUUAUGCAAGCUCUUCAGAGUAACCUGGACGGAAAAUCUAAGCAAUAUAGGGAUCCUGCUCUGACUCAUCUGUUCCUUAUGAAUAACAUCCACUAUAUGGUCAGAUCGGUUCGAAGAUCUGAAGCGAAGGAUCUUUUGGGCGAUGACUGGGUUCAAAGACAUCGAAGGGUUGUGCAGCAAAAUGCAAAUCAAUAUAAGAGGGUUGCUUGGGCUAAGAUUUUGCAGAGCCUUUCUGCUCAAGGUUUGACUUCAUCAGGUGGAGGCAGUGCUGUAGGAGGUGACGGAAGUAGUAGCAGUGGAGUCUCCCGAUCAGCAAUAAAAGAGAGGUUCAAGUCUUUCAAUGUGCAGUUUGAGGAGCUUCAUCAAAGACAGACCCAAUGGACAGUACCAGACCCAGAGUUGCGUGAGUCUCUGAGGCUUGCCGUUGCUGAAGUUCUAUUACCAGCAUAUAGAUCUUUCAUAAAACGUUUUGGGCCACUUGUUGAGGGCGGGAAGAAUCCACAGAAAUAUAUCAAAUACACUGCAGAGGAUCUCGACAGAAUGCUAGGCGAGUUUUUCGAAGGAAGGGCUACUGGAGCCUCUGAAUAA